CCCCCCCUCCGUCUCCAAGCCUGGGAAGCUAGAAGAGGGGGGAUCUCCCCCCCAAAAGAGAUUACUCAAGGGCGGCUCGCUCUUCAUCCGGAUUGCCAGACAGACGGAAGGAAAGACAGAGCGGGGCGUGGCAUUGCUUUGAAGGGCUAUGACUCUGGUCUCGGUCUCCCUGGCCUUUAGCAGAACGACAAGGAGAGCCUUAGACAUGCUGUGAAGCUGGGCUUCAGGUCCCUGCCAAGCCUUUUGCCCUUAGUCUUGCCACACCAGGGCUCCAGAGACUUCCAGCAACACCACGAUGCUCCAUGAAAGACAUCGGACGCUGUGGCUGGCGGUGGUAGCGGUCACCAUCUCAACAGUGACCGGAGGGGGUGUUGGAGGGGGUUACGGACAAAUCAAAUACAUGCAGCCGGUGGUGAAAGGACCCCUCGGCCCUCCGUUUCGAGAAGGCAAAGGACAGUAUAUAGACAUACCACCGCCACUGCUGCCGAUGGACCUCAAAGGAGAACCUGGACCUCCCGGGAAGCCCGGCCCAAGAGGACCACCCGGCCCGCCUGGAUACCCUGGGAAACCGGGCACUGGGAAGCCAGGACUUCACGGCCAACCGGGUCCCGCUGGCCCGCCAGGCUUUUCGGGCGUUGGCAAACCAGGCAUUCCAGGGCUCCCUGGCAAGGCGGGCAUGAAAGGAAUGCCUGGGAUGAAAGGCGAGCCUGGCCUCCGAGGAGAGCAAGGGCCAAGGGGCCUGCCCGGCCCACCGGGGCUGCCUGGCCCGGCCGGCAUCUCUGUGACGGGGAAACCCGGCCCAGCGGGCAGCCCGGGACUGCCAGGGUUCCGAGGGGAGCCCGGCCCGAAAGGGGAGCCCGGCCCUCGUGGCGAGCGGGGCAUGAAGGGGGAAAAUGGGGUUGGGAAGCCGGGGCUGCCAGGAGCCCGAGGGAACGGAGGGGCCCCCGGCCCUGCGGGGCCUCCUGGCCCUGCUGCCCUUGGGAAACCGGGACUGGACGGCUUGCCCGGCGCUCCAGGUGACAAGGGUGACGCUGGAGUUCCAGGACAGCCGGGGAUCACUGGGCAGCCUGGGCCGGUGGGUCCACGUGGCCCGCCGGGCCUGGAUGGCAUUGGCGUGCCCGGGGCCGCUGGCAUGCCCGGCCUGCAAGGCCCAAUGGGCCCCAAGGGGGAGCCAGGGCUGCGGGGCCUCCCCGGCAUGCCUGGGCCAACAGGAUAUGGGAAGCCAGGGCUGCCUGGCUUAAAAGGAGACCGUGGCCAACCAGGUGUCCCAGGGAUCAUUGGAGACAAAGGCGAGCCCGGCAUGGAUGGCGAGAUGGGCGAGAUGGGGCCCCCCGGCGUCCCUGGGUCGCCAGGCCCUCCGGGCUCCAUGGGUUUGCCGGGCAAACACGGGAUCCCCGGCUCUAAAGGCGACGUCGGCCCCAGCGGGCCUGCAGGGCUCCCAGGUAUGCGGGGGGACCAAGGGCCCAGUGGCUUUGUGGGGAAGCCGGGGAUCCCCGGGGAAAGGGGACUGCCUGGACCGCAAGGCAUGCCCGGCCCCACGGGUCCCAAAGGAGAGUCGGGCUUCAUGGGGCUGCCGGGGGUGCCAGGCCUUACAGGGCCAAUGGGCUCAAAGGGGGAGUCAGGUAUCCCAGGGCAGCCGGGGCCCCGAGGGCCCUCGGGGAUACCCGGUCUGCAAGGCCCUUCGGGUCCAAUGGGCCCUCAAGGCUUGCCGGGCCUGAAAGGGGAACCUGGACUCCCAGGGCCCCAAGGAGUUGGAAAAGCAGGCGAGCCAGGCAUCGCCGGCCCUACUGGGCCACCCGGAGUGCCUGGGAAUCCGGGCUUAAACGGGCUGCCGGGACCGCCGGGCCCACCCGGGCCACCGGGUGCACCCGGGGUAUUCGACGGGGCAGGAAUCGCUGGCCUCCAUCUGCCAGACGGAGGCGUCGAGGGAGCAGUCCUGGGAAACGGCAAGCCCGGGAAGCCCCAGUAUGGCCGAGGGGAGCUCUCUGCCCAGAUGCUACCCGCCUUCACCGCCAUCUUGACCUCGCCGUUCCCAGCCUCAGGAAUGCCCAUAAAAUUCGACAGGACCUUGUACAACGGGCAGAAUGGCUACAAUCCAGUGACAGGGAUCUUCACUGCCCCCAUUUCUGGCAUCUAUUACUUUGCUUAUCACGUCCACGUGAAAGGAACGAACGUCUGGGUGGCGCUUUAUAAGAACAACGUGCCGGCCACCUACACCUACGACGAGUACAAAAAGGGCUACUUGGACCAAGCCUCCGGUAGCGCUGUGCUUGAACUCAGAGAGAACGACCAAGUCUGGGUCCAGAUGCCGUCGGAUCAGGCCAACGGCCUGUACUCCACCGAAUACAUCCACUCCUCCUUUUCCGGCUUCCUCCUUUGUCCCACAUAACAGCUAUUGGGUGCAACUACUUCUAUCCACUUUGGCCAUGAACGUGUCUUUUUAAUAUAUAUAUAUAUAUAAAUAUAUAUAUAAAAUACAAAACAGUCACUGGGAAGAUAGUACUGAUGGGAUGGAUGGGGAACCAUCCUAACCAAGCUGAGGAGAUAACUGGAAGGAGACCAUUUGGUUGUUGCAGUGCCAUCUUCGUUUCUGGAAUUUACUCUCUUCUAGUGACUGCACCAUCAAGCCCAGAUGCUAACCUUGGGAAUUAGCUGCCAGUCAGUUCUCUAAGGCACACUUGAAGGCGUUGGAUAGAUGGCCGUGCAUGGGGAUGCAGCUGCGGCCAUGACAUCCCACGUUGUGAAGUUCCUUUUAAGGCACCUCCUUCCAGCUGUAGCAUCUGUCCAUGUUUCAGCUUCCAGUUUCAAAAUGUGAUCCGAGUUACUCUCUCGGGAGAAAAUCAAGAACCUAAAGGGUAAAAUAUCUCACUGUGGAAUGUGCUGCAUAAGCACCUUUUCCACGUCGUUCACCCUAUCUCUAAAGCAUCCCACCAGGAUGUAAUCCGGAAAAGGGGACAAUGACAAGUGAAACGUAAUCCAAAGCCAUUCAGAGACUUCCACAGCCCUCCCCCCCCUUUUAAAGGACUCCUUAAAAUAUCUGUUCAUAGUCCUUUGAUAAUUCUGUAUUUAAGUACUGAUCAUGUAUAAGUCAGCACUCUAAAAACAUAUGGUUCAAUAGAUGCCGUUGUCUGACAAUCCCAGUAAAGUGAUGCAGAGUCACUUGUUAUAGCUUGACUGGAAAAAAGGUAUUAUCCUCAAAGUGUCAACUUGUAAUAUACAAUUUUCUUCAGGGUAUGUAAACUUUUUUUGUUGAGGGCAGUGGAAACACCCACACCCAUGAAAUUUUUGAUGAAGUCCAUAGCCACUUUACAUUCAGUUAACUUUUUCAUCGGUGCUACUUGCUACUUAAUCUUAACAACUUAAAAUAUUUUUCUGUACAGUGCAAUAUCUAUGUAUUAAAAAGGUGCAACAUGCUGCAUGCAGAGACUUCUGUGACAUAAGGAUAAUGACACUGACCAGUGUGUUUUUCUAUCACUUUGUUGCAAUAACGCUUGAAACAUUAUCUCUGGGUUACAAUGUUAUUCACAGCUUUUGGAAAGGGUUGUGAUCCUCCUGUGAAUCAACUUCAGUUGUCUAGGACCAAUGUAACUCUUUGGACCUGUCCAAUAAGUGACAGUGCAUAAUUCCAAACUCUUUUGUUAAUAAUAGAGCCCUUUCAUUCAGGACAAAGAAUAUGCUUAGAAUCAUUUUCUAUUGUGGAGAAAAAAAAACUCAAUCCUGUCCAUGAUGCAAAGAUUAUUUUGAAGGGGCCAGGAUUCCAUCACUAAAGCCAGGGUAAACUUUCUCCAGGUUUACUGUGUAGGCAGAAGUAUUUAAGCAGUGUUAAAAAUACAAUCAAUUCUGAGUUUGAAAACAAGUAUUAUACAGGAGUGGCAUCAUCGGAGAGAAAAACAACACAUUCUGGACUGUAAAAAAAUACCACCAGGAGGAGGAUGCUGGGAGUUGAAAUUUGGGAUAUCUGUAUUUCAAAUCUGACUAACAGCUUUCUUUCUUUCUUUCUCUUGUUCUCUUAAGACUUGUUUGCCUGAUUUAGACACACCAAGAGUACAGGCCCACAAUUUCUGAUUCCAUUUGAUGUUUUCUAAAUUCCUGGAGAUGAGAAUGAUGCCAAAGGCAGAUUUCACUUGCAGUAUCUUUUCAUUUCAGUCACUACAGGCUGAAACUGAAGAAAGCCAAGUACAUACAUUUUAUACGUGCCUAAUAUCAGAAGAGGAAGUGCAGGAGACAUGUGCUUUUGACUUAAGUGAAUUCUCCUGUGGAGGAGAGCAUUAAACUUCCAUUUUUCAGACCAGCAGAUCAAGAAAAAGGUGUUAUUAU